CGGUAUAAUAUUGUGGAUUCCCUUUAAUGUUCGUCAUAUGCCAAUUAUGCUUUGUACCUAACACACUAAACACACUAAUUAACACAAGCCGACAAGAUCGGUGAUGGAACCAAACUGUCGCAUUAGUUAGUACCUUACCUAGUACCUUACUUACCCAGGUACAUAACGUCAACAAUACCCACUCACAACUUCAUCAUCCUACAUUAUCACAACUCGAUACCUUCAAUACCUACAAUACCUACAAUACCAAUUUUUUUGUUCAUCAGUCACUCAUUCGCUCAUUCACCCACCCACCCACCACAAACUCUGAUUCAUCUGGUUUUCAAUCAUGUCUAUGCCGCCGCAAUUAAUUCGCGUUAAGCGAAAGGCCACUGAGGAGGCCCCCAUCUCCUUCCUACGGGUCCAGGAGAGUAAGAGACAUCGUAGUGAUGCCUUUGUCUAUCAGAGACAGGAAGAACGAGCUAAAGUCGCCGAGAACGUUCCCUACUCAAUUUCGAAACCCAUAAUCCAUACCUCUCGUCCGAACACAAAGACCCCAGCAUUCCAGAGCCCCAAGAUCGCAGACUCCGGCGCCAAUGACGAAUCCGAUAUAAAUAGUGUCGAUAACUCUACUCCAGCUACCGGCAUCGAUUCUGGUAGUAAUUCUGGUACCAGUACUAUUUCCGAACCACGCCGAUUUCACAUGUCGAGAAGGGAGAUGUUACUCGCUGCUGCCUCUCAGCCUGAUCGAGCACAAGGAGGUGUUCCCAAAAAGCGUUCUGCGCCCACGCUAUUCGUUGAGCGCAGAAUCAAGCGCAUCUCCUCGAGACCACUGGCAAAGCUUCAGGCCGCAAAUAAUGUGGCCGCAAAUACCGCUACCCAGGCGCUUGCGCCGACGGAGGACAUGGAGGUGGACCCACCCAUACCGACGAGAAAACUCAAGAAGCCAGGUGUAGCAAGGCUUGCGCACAAGGUAGACGGAGAGAAAUACAAGGCUGAGAUCCCCAAGUCCUUGACUGAACGAUGGAACGUAGAUGCGGAGAAAUUAACUGCCGAAAUGAACUCAUACGCACUGGAGCAAAUCGGACUCAACCUCCAGAAGGUCGAUGAUGAGAAGGCGGCAUCCCAACAUUCUGCCAAGGCCAAGGUCCAUGCCCAAGCUAAGUACAAGCCGAAGCAAAUUAAGAGAUACGCAGAGCGAUACCCCGAAGCCCAUGGCCCAGCGGAUCAGGACAUGAUGGACAGAGCGUGUCCCCGCCAGCAAAAUGGGAGAGCAUAUACCACCCCAGAGUAUCGGAGUCCUCGUAUUUGACCAAGAGCCGGAUUUCGAGUAUUUCCACGGAGAAGGCGGCGAUAGUGACGACGAAUGGGCCGAGGAUGAAGAAGAUGAGAAUGGUAAGUGAUUUUCUAUAUUUAUUUUUAUGUUUAAUUCCUUCCCUCUCACUCUAUAUAAUCUAUAUACGUGAUAUAAUUCUAAUCAAUCUACAGCGGAGAAUUACUAUGCGGCGGAUUAUCCCGACGACGAGGUCGCUUCGGAUGACGAGUUCGGGCAAAACCCUUAUUCUUUCCGAACUGGCAAUGCUUCAGAUCUUGAGGAAUAUGAUCUAAGCUAUGAUAACAAUGAUACAACUUUCGACGCUAAGAAUGACCCGGCAAGUAGAUUCAAGACAUACAUUGGCCGGGGCGGUUUCAAAACGAACCAUCUCUAAAGGACGUCGUCUGAGGAGUCGUCAUACUGAUACCGCGCGGCAAGUCUGUGGAACGUGGCCGGCGUGACUUCGCGCUAGCUUUCAUACUUACCUACAUAGUAUGUAUGUGCAUACUGCACUAUGUAAUAUGUUGCGAAUGAUUAACUUGCAUGGUGGAACGUCGGUUACUCCACAGCAAAGCCCAGCACCUUGGCACCGCACCGCCUUCACAUAUGCUCAGGGUAAUAAGUCGCGGAUAUGGUCCGGGCUUAUGAAGUUAGGAAGCCCCCGAGAAGGGGAGAAGUGAAAGGGGAAGAGGACGGGUGUUGCUUGCCGA